AUGUCCACCGAACUAAAAGCCAGCGAGAUCUUCAACCAGUUUGCAUCGUUUGAUCCGCAAACAAACAAGAAGUUUCUUUCGCUUCCAGAAUUCGUGACGAUUUUGUCACCUUUUCCAAAUGACUUGCCUAAACAGUCGUACUCGUUGCUUUAUUUGAUCGCCGACAAGGACCGCAAGGGUUAUGUGGAUGAAAAAGACUUUGUUCAGUUCAUCCAUACUUUGACUGAGGAUGACGGUGAAUUCCGUUUGUUGUUCAACAUGAUCUCCAAUGGCCAGAAGAAGUUGACCUACAAAGAAUGUAUCGACAUGCUUAACCGCUUGAACAAGGCCAUCGACCCCAACUAUCAGCAGAAAAAGUUGAAGUUCAACUGGGCCUACAUGGAGAUGUUCUUUUCUCCGGACGGAGAGAUCGACUUCAACGAUUUCAUUGGUUUGAUCAACAACUUGCCUGUGACCAAGUUGAUUGGAGGUUUCGAGACAAUCUCUGGCAGAAGCAAGGUCAUCAAUACCGAGGAAUUGAACCACUUGUUGAACUCCAACUUGAGCCAUAAGUUGUCCUCAAAGUUGAAGAAGAACUUGACUUCUUUGCCUGAGUACUUUGGUAAGGACACCUUCACCUUGUCCAAUGUCUUGAUGGUUUACCAGUGCUUGAACAAGUUGGACUUGAUCAAUGAGGUCAUUGCCAACACUCCUCCAACCACCGGCGAGAAAGACGAUAUUUUGAUCAACAAGACCGAUUUGUACAAUCACUUGAAUGACCAUCUUUUGAAAUCGGCCAAUUUCAAGCCUAUCACCAGAAAGGAGUUGGAUAUGUUGUUCUUCUUGAUCGAUAGAAAUGAGGAGACCAUUCCAAGAAGAGAAUUGAUCUCUUUCUUGAACCCCAACUAUCUCAACAACGAGCCUGCUUUAUACUCCAUCUUUGAUCACCCUGCUGCUCAACCAGUCAGAGAGGAUAACUUCUCGUUGUGGCCAAUUUUCGACUCCAUGUAUUCGUUCUUCUUGGGUUCCAUCGCCGGAUGUAUUGGUGCUACUGCCGUGUAUCCAAUUGAUUUGGUCAAGACCAGAAUGCAAGCCCAGAAACACAAGGCACUCUACGACAACUCGUUUGACUGUUUCAAGAAAAUCAUUAAAAACGAGGGUUUCAAAGGUUUGUAUUCCGGUUUGGGUGCCCAAUUGGUGGGUGUCGCUCCCGAGAAGGCUAUCAAAUUGACUGUCAACGACUUGAUUCGUGGAAUCGGAACCGAUGAAAACGGAAACAUCACCAUGGGCUGGGAGAUUCUUGCCGGUUCUUCGGCUGGUGCCUGUCAGGUCAUUUUCACCAAUCCUUUGGAGAUUGUUAAAAUUAGAUUGCAAAUGCAAGGUGGCUCCUCCAAACUGGUUUUGGCCCCAGGUGAAAUUCCUCACAAAAGAUUGUCUGCUGGCCAAAUCAUCAAGCAAUUGGGUAUCAAAGGUUUGUAUAAGGGUGCUUCUGCCUGUUUGUUGAGAGAUGUUCCAUUCUCGGCCAUCUAUUUCCCAACUUACGCCAACCUCAAGUACCAUUUGUUCAACUACGAUCCUUCUGAUCCAAACAAGAAGCACUCACUUAGUACUUGGCAAUUGUUGGUGUCUGGUGCCAUGGCUGCCGAUGUCAUCAAGACCAGAUUGCAGGUUGAGGCCAAGAAGGGAGAGAUUAAAUACAGAGGCAUUAUUCAUGCAUUUGGCACCAUUUUGAAGGAGGAAGGUUUCACUGCAUUCUUCAAGGGUUCUCUUGCCAGAGUGUUCAGAUCAUCCCCACAAUUCGGUUUCACUUUGGCAUCGUACGAGCUUUUGCAAAGUAUGUUCCCAUUACAUCCACCUAACACCAGGGAGUCCAACUACAAGAAUGUCAGUGGAUAUCCAGGAGUCUACAACUUGACAAACGACCAAGUGUACAGCAACAACUCCAGACUCAUGUACCUUAACAAGGAUCAGUUAUUCAAGAAGCACGGUUUGACCACUCCACAAAAAGACUUGUCCAAUGCCUUGAUCACGUUGCCUGCUGACUAUGUGUACAAGUCCAUGGACACCGUCAAAUUGUUGUUGGAUAUCGACUACAAGUUCGGAAACUUCGACUACAAUGCCUACAGCACCUUCGUCAAGCGCUAA